AUGAAACCGUUCUGCCCUUUGGUCCUAAUGGCAGUCGGAGCUACGGCAUCCACAUUUCCAAGGAAUAAUGUGUCGUUUGGAAUCGUCAGAAGGCAGCCUUCCUUAUUAGUGAAGCAAGAAAGCAACAAUAAUUCAAAACCAUCCGAUAGCGAGAGUACACUUUCCUCGAUGCUGUCAAUACGAGGAGGAGCUUAUGACCCAUACAUGGGUGAUAUAUAUUACAGUGAAGUGAGCCCAGAGAAUUCCAUGCCCGAACAAGGUUCCCACGAUAUCACCUACCCAACAAACACCAACAAUAACAACAACGACAACACCAACGAUGACACUCCUGUGGUUUCGAGUUCCCAAGUGAUGUAUGAGGGCGGAUGCUUUGUCUCAAGCGAUUCCGUUGGACCGGUCGAAUCAAUGUUCAAUAGCUUUUUCAAAAGCUUUGGAGAUUCGGAAGAAGACGAUGAUGACGACGACGAUGACAAUGAUGGCCACUCGUCCAUGCUGGCAAAUGGCUCGUUGACCCAGUCCAGACGGAUGCAGUCUGCUGCUGAUCGAUCGUACCAAUCGUAUGCCUCGAGUGCAGUAUACUUGGAGAGUGAAGUUCAAUUCCAAUAA